UCCAACAUGGACGAACAAAACACCAACCAUCGCAUUCUGACUGAAAAGUUUCGGAAAUUUCAAGUUAUAUACUAAAUCGACCAGGUUCCAUGGAAACUUUGCCAGGAAAAUGUGUGUGUGUGUUUUUUAAUUCUGUUGAUUUAUCAUGGAAACAAGAUGGAAGUGGAAAUUACUACACUAGACCAAAACAGUAAGAAACCUCCAAUAGAAACAAGUACAUCUGCAGCUGUCCCUCAAAAAGGGAGAAAAAAACGUAGUGCAAUUUCAAAACUUACAGAAAAAAGACGCAACAAUGAGAGUGGAAGUGAAUUUGGUUCUACAUACUCACUUCAGUCCAAUGCAAGUCGAUUAACUGAAACCAAAGGGACAGAAUCCGAACUCAGUAAAAAAGAAUCUAACUCCAACAGCAAUAACGAUGUCGCUAAAAGCCAAAAUGCCAAUGCAACAUCUGAUAAAGGAACUGUGAUUGAAAAAUAUCCUGAUAGUUCUGUCAAUAAGGACAAUACUAAAUCUACUCCAAAACCAAGGGAUAAAAAAAGUGAGAGUGUGGUUAAACCAGAGGAGUUAUCUCCUCCUCCUCCUAUGGACAUUGAUUCUGAAAGUGAUGAUGAUAAACAAGAUGGAAUUAGCAAAAAGGCACCUUCUGAUGCCACAAUACAUCGGUUUAGGGCCUUGAAAAUGGCAACUAAUGAGAGAACCAAUUCAGUUGAGUCAUUAAGAAAUAGUCCAUUUGCACCAAAACCUCCAUCUACACCACGCUCAGAGCAGAAAAGUAGCUCUAGCAAAACACCGACAUCUACACCUGAAAGUGAUAAAAAUGUAAGCUUAAAAGGUGUCAAACAAAAAGGUGAGAAAAGAUUUCGUGAUCCAAACUCUUCAGGUGAGGAACCGGAGGUAGGAGUGAAAUCUAAAAAGCAAUCGUGUUCACAAACAGAUUUAAAAAGCACGACGGACGAAGUUUUUGUGCCAGAUAAAAAGAAAAACGAUAAAAAAGUGCCUUCACCAAGAGGUGAUCCCAAUUUAACAAUAGAUUCAGAAGCAGAUUUAAAAGACAUCAACAACAGGUACCAUGAUAUUUUAAGCAGUGAUUCCCUUCCACGUACUGGGAGAUUAGCGCCGAUUGUAUCAAAGAAUCACCCGCCGCCAAUAUCUGGAGAUAUUUCAUCACACACACUGAAAACUGCCUACAAAACUGAUUCAUCCUAUACACUCAAUAAGUACCUUGAGAGUGUGCCUAGCUCUCCAGGAGCCUCAGGCAGCCCCUUUCACAAACCUCCAGUACAUCCACCAUUUGACACAAUGUCUCAACGAUCUAUGUCGUCAUCAGGGAUUCUCUACCAAAUCCCUAUCACAGAGGCUCGAGCAAGAACCGGGAGUGGCAAUGCUAGUGUCACAUCCAGUUUGAUGGGUGCUGCUGAACUUGACCGAUACUUACCAGAGCGACGGAUCAAGGUGUGGAUAGGAAGCUGGAACAUGGGUGAUAUCAAGGAAUUCAAAGCCAGUUUGCAGGACUUCCUACUGCCAGAAGCCAGUGACUUUGUACAGGACCUCUAUGCAAUUGGAACACAGGAAAACAACAUGAACAAGAAGGAAUGGGAGGUGAUUAUACAGACCACACUAGGUACCUCCCAUGUACUCUUCUACUCUGCCACACAUGGGUCACUCCAUCUUGCCAUCUUCAUACGCAGGGAUCUCAUCUGGUUCUGUUCAGAUGCAGAUGAAGACCAGGUAACGACAAGGGCUGUCACCAUGGUAAAGACCAAGGGUGCUGUUGCUGUAUCAUUUUCAUUCUUCGGAUCUUCAUUUCUCUUUAUCAAUUCACAUUUUGCAUCAAACAGAAGUACUCACUCUAACCGGUCAAAUCAGACAUCUACUGAUUCAGGAAAAUUAAAAGAAAGAAUAAAUGAUUACCAAAAAAUCAACACAACAUUGAAAUUGCCGAGAAAUGCAACUGGAUCCCAAUCUAAUUUACAAGGACCUGCCAGUUCGAAGUUUGAUGCUGUUUUCUGGUUUGGAGAUUUAAAUUUCCGUCUGGAGAAAGGACGACACACCGUUGAAGAUCUCGUACAUGCUAUUGUAGAACAAGAACACCCAAAUUUUGAAGACCUCCUACAGGGGGAUGAGUUAGCACAGUGUAUAUACCAAGACAAAGCCUUUCAGGGAUUUACAGAAGGAAGAAUUAACUUCAAACCAACAUACAAAUUUGAUUUGAACUCUGAUGUUUAUGAUACAUCACCGAAGUUCCGGAUACCUUCCUAUACAGAUCGAAUACUCUACCAUUCCAAGAAAAAAAAUACAGUUAACUGUGUUCACUACGACGCGGUGAUGAACAUCCGAGCGUCCGACCAUCGGCCUGUGUACGGUGUUUAUGAAGCUGCAAUCAAGCCUGGGAAGGACAGUUUGCAGCCUGCUUCAGGGAAAUUUGACAGAGACGUUUUUGUGGCAGCCCAAAGACGACGGGCCUUCAUCACGCCAUCUCCUGCAUCUCAACCAUCCCAGAAGUCUAGUGGAGUGUGCUCAAUACAGUGAUGAACUGAUAGAAAAAAUGUGGAAUAUAUGCGAGUGCAUUUGACUGGAUGUACUGGGGUAGUACUCAACCUAAACAUCCAACACCGGCAUUUCAGAUUUUAAUACAAUUUCUAGCUUAGAAGCAAAUUUUAGAUUUUGCUUCAGCAGGCAGCAGAUAGUGAAACGUAUUGUUAGAAAAAACAGCUCAGAUUCUUGUGCUAUUGACCUAAUGUAUCAAGUAUAAUUCUCUCUUCCUUCAUGACGAAUAGGUCCAACCUGAUGGUCCUAAAAGUCAUUUUUAAUAUCUUGAUGGAUGUUUUGCGGAAUGAAACUAAGGGAUAGAUACAUUUGAGUUCAGCAGACUUAUUGGCAUAACUGUAAAGUACUCUAGACUACCUCAAGUAGUAUAGGCGAGUACUUUUAGUAUUAUACUGAUGCAUGAAUAUCAUAUACCUUAAUAAAUACAUGUAUCAAUAAGACUGUACAUUAUUUGUAAAUGCAUUCUUCUCUGUCACUUAAACACUUUAAAGAUUAAAGUGUAUCGUAUUGGAAGUGAUGGUGAAAUUUGAUUUGGAUUUGAUAUAGAAGGAGUUAUUUGGCUUGAAAAGACAAUGUGAUAGUAUACACUGUUUAUUAUAUGUAAUCACAUAUGCUGAAUUUUAAGUAAAUACAUUUAGGGGUUAUUCUAUUACAAACCUCUCCAUUCAGCAAUUUAAGCUUCACACACCAUAACUGGGGGGGGGGGGGGGGGGGGGCUAUAUCUAAUGUCUACUGUGAAAGAGACUAUGAUAUCAGAGUGUAUUGUCGAUCAGGUGGGGUAAAGCUUGUAUCACUUUAUGUAGAAUUCAUGAAGACAGAACUGUAUGGAUACAUUACAUGUAAAAAUAGUGUAGCUUACCUUUGCAUGAAUUUAUACUGCAAUAUAUAAAUUUAGAGUGUCAAGUGGUAUCUGGAAUGGUUUAGACUCCUCAAUGUGGAUACUUUAUCACUUGUUAAGUUUCAACAUCUUAUGUACUUUUAUUUUAUUUAUAUAAAAUGAAUGGACAAUUUGUUUAAAUAUUCAAGUGAAUAAACUUGAAUGUUGAAUCUUAAUGGCAUAUCUAUCUUUGAAUUUGAAUUUUUGUAUUGAUGAUCACAUAGAAGUGAAUACAAUUUAGUAAUCCACAAUAAGCAAUUCUGUUUUAAGGUAAAGGUACCAACAACUUAAACUAUAUUAUGACAUUGUCUCUUCUGUGAGAUAUCUGUUUGUCUUUUCAAAAAGAAUAUUCCAAAAUAUCACAUAUGUUACCAAUCAUUUUACAGAAAGAUAGUUGUUUGAAAUUUAAAUAAUUGAAAAUACAAUUACAAAAAAAAAGAUAAGCUAAGGUUGAUGAACUUAUAGGACCUUUGCAUUACAAAGUCUACACUUUACCAAUAUUUCCAUAUAGGAUUACACAGGCACAGAAUUAAAACGAGUGUCCAAUUUAUGGGCCACACAACAUACUAAAACCUUUACAGGGGAAGUUACUCUAAGCCAGAAAGACUCCUUUCAGUUGCCUCUGAAAGUGAAAAAACUCAUAUAAAAGAAAUUGUUAUGUUGCUUCAUCCUUAUUAAUCCAGCCACCAUCAUUUCUAGUCUUCACUGGCAUUGAUAAGCUUCAUUAGCUGCAGAGCUUUAGAAUAUUGAAGUCUGUAUAUUGUUAUGUAAUACAUGUAGCAUACUUGUCUGUGUGGAUAUCAAAUGAAAAACAUGGAUUACUGUUUAUAUAUGGUGUGUAAAUGGUGCUAUUUUUUUUCCAGUAUCAUCUUAAUUUUAGACCCAUAUAUCUUUUAUUUGAUUAGACAUUAAUAGCAAUAUUUAUUUUCUAACAGAAAUAUGGCAUAAUGGUUCUUAAACUUUAUUUUUGUUGUAAUGUUUUGUAAAAAAAAUCAGAAAAUGCCUAAAUAAUCAUGAAAUCUGAUUUUUCAUCUGCAAAUCUUCAACACCUUUGAUCUGAAGGAAGAAGCAGUAUGAUAUAAAUAAUAGUCUGUGGUAGAUUACUGGUUUUGAUUUUUGGUGUUUUUUUUAGCAUUCUGAUUCCCUUGAAAAGUUUGUUCAUGAUUAAGUUAACAAGUUUGUUUAUCAAUUAGGUUUAGGACUACAUAUCAAAUUUGAACAUGUUAUUGUAUAACAUAAAAUCAUUGACUAUUGUCCUUUAAAUCAAAUCAUUUAUCAUGAGGAAAUUUGUUCCAUUCCACCGUAAUGCCAACCAUUAAAUGAAAUGAAAGAUAAAUUUAGAUUUGCAUCCUUAGAAACAGUGUUUAAAUUUGAUGUCAUGUUGCUGAGUUCCUUAAGAAAAAUUGGCCAUAAGAUAUGUUCAUUUUAGCAUUCUGGGUAAAAUAAUUGCCAUUGAUGUAAGUUUGCUGAGUCAAGAAUUACCUUUUUUAAUAUGAAGUUUGAUAUGUAGAUUACUUGAUAUCAGCUAUUUUUUACUAUAUAAGUGGUAUACCAUACCAGUUUAGUGUUGUGAGAACCUGUUAAGUGUUGUGAGAACCAGUUAUGUGUUGUGAGAUUUAGUGCUUAUUGUUUAAUUAGGUUGUUUUAAUUAAUGGAAUAAUAUGUAUUUCUGGUUGUUUUUUAAUUAUUUUUUACAAAAUGGCAUUUAAUGUAAAUUAUUUACGAUUUUUACAGUAAAGUUUGAAAAAACAUCUUUAUAAUUUUUUUUUAUAAUUUAUAGUUUUAAUUGAAAUAUUUUGUGUCAGUCUUUGCUAAAAACUUCACAUAGGUAAAUCUUGGUACAUUUAGUUUGCUUUGUCAAUAAGACUGAAAUUUCAGCAUCAAAAAUUAUAUGAGCUGUUGCUAGGUUCCCACUAUCACAAUUCACAGCAUGAUUGAAAUCCUGGUCUUAAUUGUGGACUAAUCGUGGUGAUCCUAUCAGAUCUUGAGGUCAGUCGUGUUAAUCAUAGAAACGUUUUGAACGGUUCAAAAUUUUUCUACACUCAACACGAUUAUUUGUCAAUUGGGAUCAUCAUAUCGGAUCGAUUGCAUCGUAACAAAUUGUGACAGAUCGCAUCUUAUCAUGUUUCCAAAUUGUGGUGAUCGGGAUCAACAAACACCACGCUCUGUUGAGAUGUGUUGCUAUCUCCCACGAUCUGUUAAGCUCUGUCCAGUCCCAUUGCUCAAGACCUGACACAAAUGACUCACGAGCAGAUAGGAGUUGAUACAAGAAGGUGUGAGUAAAUGCGAGUAGAUACAAGUUUUUACACGAACGCUCACGUUCUGUUACGAUUUCUCGUGCCCAUGUAUAUACCGGACAAAAUUAAAUUUGUCUCAUUCAGCGAUCUACUCUUAAAGGGAGCACAUCUUAGUAACCUGCCUUUACUGGUAAUGUUUAGAGCCUUUGUUCACUUCUUCUCAAUAAAAUAAUAUGUUAUGACAACAAAAAGUAAAAUAAAAAAUAAAUAAAAAAUAAAAUAUUAUUAUUUACCUGUUUGCAUGAAUAUGUAUUUGAUGUUACACUGAAUGGUGUGUGGAAUUUGAUAUUUGACGUGUCACCUAUAUAUAUAACCCUUUGCUCCAUAGAUACUCAUUUCAACACAUCAAUAUCGUAAGGGAGCACAUCGGUUCGUGAUGAACGUAUCUGCACAUACCAGAUCGUUUGUAUUCGGAGAACCUGAUCAUGAUGAUCUUGUCAUCAGAUCGAGACCCAAUCAUGGACUCAAUCGAAACAAUCCUAUCGAAUGUGAUUGUAUCUGAACGGGAGAUCAGAACGUGACAGAUCGUGACACCUGAAAUUGACAAAUCGUGACCAGAUUGCAUCGGAGCGCAACAAAUUGUAUCAUAAUGUAUCGCAUCACCUCGUUUCCAAACCUGAAAUGUCAGAGAAAUUCCUUGAUCAGCUACGAAUGACCAGUCGUGGUGUUCGUAACAGAACGCACAUUAUAGGGAACCUAGCAUUAGGAAUCAAAAUGCCAUGUAAUUUUUGCAUGAACCUGUAUAUGUGGUGUGAAAUGUUUGUAUUCUGUAUUAUUCUUUUUAAUGUGAUAAUUCUGUGUAUAUGAAUUUUUUGAAGAUUUAAACCUGGGAUAGGUUGUUUAAUUUUUCUACUUUACAUUACUUGAACAUAAAUAUAUGCAAUAGUUCAUGUUGUAUUUUUCGUCUUUUAAUCUUGCUUUCUUUAAGAAUAUUUUCAUCACGUAUCAUUCUUUUUCCCAUUUUUUUUCCUGUAUCUGAAAUAAAGUACAAUAUAAAAUAAUAUUAGUUAGGAAGCCAUCUACAUAAGGCAAAAAUUCAAAGUGAGUAAAACAGAACCACAUGCAUGCUAAAGCAACUUAUAUUUAUUUUUUAAUUUUAAUUUAUUAUCAAUUAUUAAACAAUUAAUGUUUGAUAUUGCUUAUUCCUCUCACAGAUUGCUAUGGAAAGGAGGUAUUUAAUCUUUACACAGUUUUAAGUGUCACUGACUAUGGAAAGCAUAUACCAUAUAUUUUCUUAAUUCAUUAAACCAAUUUAAUUUUGGCUCUCUAUUUUCUAGUCAAAUACAAUGAUAAAAAGUGUUGUGUUGCUCCUAUAUCUUUGAUAGUCAAAAUAAUUCUGUUAACAAAAUAUUCUUUCUAAGUACCAGCAAGAUCUGCUAAUUUUAACAGGUUCUUUUUUGUCUCAAUUGAUCUGUUCCAUUCUUUAUUUUUUAUUUUUCUCAGUUUUGUAGAAAAAAGAAAACAAGUAACCUUCUGUUGCUUUUAUGAAGCAUGAUUUCAAGUUAAAAAUGAACUGAAUCUCAAAUCAAUGUAAUACAAUAAAUGUAAUAUGUAUGCAUUUGAACACAAGAUCAGUUGAUACUGUAUGUGUGGCUAUCAAAAAAUACUCCCAACAGAAAAAUUGAAGAGAUGUACUCAUAUUUUUUUUAUCUGUCUACACUUAUAUGUAAAGUAGCAGAUGCUUUGUCAAAGAAAAAUCCCUUAAAUAAUUUUAAGUUGGUGGACAAAGUCGUUGACAUUUGGUUAUAUUUAAGAUAAAUAAACAAUUUUUAUUUUGAACUCAGGAUGAAAUCAUAUAAAAUAACUUCUUAAUAGUGUAGUAGAACUGAUCUUGGUCUAUUGCCGGCGACCAGGUACAAUGUAGCUCAAUUAGUAGAGCGUCCAUCUAGAGUUCAGAGGGUCCUGGGUUUGAAUCUCAGUCUUGGCAUUCAUUUCUCUCCCCUGUUACAGUUGUAAUAGUGUUGUAUAAACUAUAUAAACUUCUUGCCAAUGUUUGUUAUAAUAGAGCAUUCGCUCCAAUUUUAUAUCCUCAAAAGUUUUAAAAUAGUGAAAUAAUGAAUAUCAAAGUGUAUGUUUGAACACAUGAUUUUCCAUUUUUGUUCUGGUUCAGUACAUUUACUAGUAUUGAAAAUUUUAAACUUAGUUUUGACGUUUAAUAGCCCAGACUUUAUUUUGUAACAUUCAAUACUUUUAUUACUGACAAGGGAGACUUAUGAUUUCAAAAUUGGUAGUUAUAUUUUACAGUGUGAAUAUUAAUAUUUCACAUGAUUUUGAUUAUAUUAGAUUACUGAACAUAUUUUCUUCUUUCAAAAGUAGACUUGUCUAGUUACAUAUAAAACCUACAUUUAGUUUGACAGGAGAAGUAACACAGACUUCAGCAUUAUUUUAUAUCUGGUACAUUGUCUCUUGGUUGUUUAUUUGUUGUCAGUUUCAUUUCAUCGAGUAAACAUGAAUAAACCUUUUGUGCAUUCUAAUAAUCACAAAACUUUUUGUACAAGUACCUGUCUGUUUUAGAUUGUGAAUAUAAGAGUAUGUUUACUGCUCAUCAGCAGGUGUGAAGAUAAUUUGUUUUAACAAAGUACAGAAAAUGUACUGACAAGUAAAGAACUACACAAUGUGUGUAAAACUGUAUUGUUAUGUUGAUUUACAAACUAACAGAAAAUAAAAUUUCAAAAACUUGAA